AUGGGUCGCCUCGACGGAAAAGUCGCCGUCGUAACUGGAGGUGGUGCAGGCUACGGACGAGGUACCGCGACCAAGCUCCGUGCAGAAGGCGCUCAGGUUAUCAUCGCGGAUCUCUCAGCGCCCAACGGUUCAGACGCGGCAAAGGAACUCGGGGCAGUGUUUGUGCACGCAGACGUGACCAAACGGGAGUCAUGGCAGACCAUCCUGGAUGCGGCCAUCAGCAACUACGGACGCGUCGAUGUCGUGGUCAAUAACGCAGGCGUGUGCUGUGUCAAGAAGCCGUCGGAGACCACGCCGGAGAGCGAGUAUGAUCUGAUGAUGACUGUCAAUGUCAAGAGCAUAUUUCACUCAGUUGGUGUGAUUGUGUCGCAUUGGCUCGAGAAGAAGCAGACGGGCGCGUUCGUCAAUAUUGCGUCAACCAGCGGUGUCAGGCCGAGACCAGAGCUGACGUGGUACGCUGCCUCCAAGGCGGCGGUGAUCAUGGCGACCAACACGCUGGCCGUUGAGUAUGGCGCCCGCGGCAUCCGGUUCAACAGUGUCUUACCUGUAGUUGGCCGGACAUCGAUGACCACAGAGAUGCUAUCUACCGCUGCUGGUCUAGAAUCCUUUACGCACAACAUUCCCAUGGGCCGCAUGUGCACCCCUGAGGACAUUGGCAAUGCAGUUACGUACUUGGCCAGCGACGAAGCAGCCUUCGUCACCGGCGUCAGUCUUCCUGUCGAUGGUGGACGAUGUGUAUAA